AUGGCUCCAGGGAUUAUCGAAUACCCUCCAGCGGAUGUCGCAACGCAGUCUUCGAAGUUGCGCAGCAUAAAUCCAUCCAUCAAAAAGUUUGAUCCGGUGAAACAUCUUGCGUAUGUGCCGCCAAAGAAGAUCCAUACUUUGGAAGAUCUUUGCCUGCCUCCUUCUCCGAUUUCGCAGGUUGCCUCGACCGAUCCAUUCCCCUUGCUAUCCGAGGAGGCUCUUCUCGAGCAUCGCAGAGAGUUGCUGUCUGACGAGGUUCUCAACAACUGCAUGUAUAGCACGAGGGCGGAGUCGGUCCAACUCCGCGGGAUGGCCCCUAGAUAUGCCCCUUUCAUCCACCAGUUCUGGACUUCUCCCGAAGUUCUCAAGAUAGUCAGUGACCUAGCAGGAGUCGACCUUGUUCCUGUCAUGGACUUUGAAAUUUGCCACACCAAUCUCCAAUUGGGGCCCGAUGGUUUGGGAGGCGUCAGAAAUAUCCCAAUUAUUCCACCAGGGGCUCCUGAGCCAGAGAAGUCGUCGGAAGACCAGGCCAAGCCCAAAGGUCCUCCAGUGGCGGCUCCAAGUUUUGUUGUCCCAUGGCAUCGCGACUCGUAUCCAUUUGUUUGCGUUGUCAUGUUGUCGGAUGCAAGAUACAUGAAAGGUGGAGAGACUGAGAUCCAGAGAGGUGAUGGCAAAACGACCAAAGUCCGAGGUCCACAAAUGGGCAGCGCGGUCGUUCUGCAGGGCAGACAUGUUUCUCACAUAGCACUUCCAGCCGACAAUAUGUCCGAGAGGAUCACUAUUGUUGCUUCAUUGCGGCCGCGGGACCCUAUGCUCCUGGAUGACGCUUCACUGAUGAAUGUCCGAAAUAAGUCUCGACUUUCGGAGAUGUAUUACCAGUGGACCAGCUACCGUCUGCAUUUGCUCGCUGAAAGGUUCCGGCUCGAAGCCGAGAAACUUGAUGCUGCAUAUCGCGCGGCGAUUGAAAAGACGGACGAAGGCAGGCCAGGUGAUUGUAAGGAGAACGUUUUCGACGUGGAGAAUCUGGAGAGGUGGAUGGAGAAGCAGAUGAGAUAUAUGAGACGGACCGUGUUUGAGAUGAGACCGCUAACUGCGGACGACGACAUCAUCAAGAAUGAGAUUGAGGAAGUUUAG